AUGAAAGGGAUUUCGAAGCUUCUUCUCUAUUCUUUUUCGCGACACAGAGCUCGCGAGAUCUUCUCUGUAAAUUGGGUAUCUUUUUCUCUUCUGAUAUCACGUCGGCCACUGUUUAUAUCGGCGGCCACAAACUUUCCGGCGAGUUCCUGGGAUAGCCAGAAGAGUUAUACUCGUAAAUCUUCGAAAUCUUCUUCCUUUCCCCAGAAAUCGAUCUCUUUUGGAGUGCAAAGGAGGACAAUGUUUAUACAAACACAAUCAACACCAAACCCUUCUUCUCUAAUGUUUAAUCCUGGUAAACCAGUAAUGGAGAUUGGAAGUGCAGAUUUCCCUAAUGCUCGUUCAGCUAUGAGCUCACCUUUGGCCAAAGCCAUUUUCGAUAUCGAUGGUGUAGUUAGAGUUUUCUUUGGGUCUGAUUUUGUUACUGUAACAAAGUCAGAUGAUAUAACAUGGGAUAUCCUCAAGCCUGAAGUAUUUGCAGUUGUAAUGGAUUUUUACUCUUCUGGUCAGUCUUUGUUUCUGGACUCACAAGCUUCAGCUGCCACGGAUACCGCCGUUCACGAGGAUGACUCUGAAACUGUAGCAAUGAUUAAGGAACUCUUGGAGACGCGUAUCCGACCAUCAGUCCAAGAUGAUGGAGGGGACAUUGAGUAUUGUGGAUUUGAUACGGAAACUGGUAUAGUUAAGCUUCGAAUGCAAGGAGCUUGUAGCGGUUGUCCAAGUUCAUCUGUUACUUUGAAAUCAGGAAUCGAGAAUAUGCUGAUGCAUUAUAUAUCCGAGGUUAAAGGCGUUGAGCAAGAAUUCGAUGGUGAAGAGGAGCGAACAUCGUCGGGCCCAAUGGAGUAG